ACACCUUUUUCAACGUCAGCUGAACAUAACAAUUCGGCAAUCGGCAAGCAUUUUCAUGAAGCGCACGGUAGGAGCGAUCUUUUGAAUUAGAGCCAUUUCAAGAUUCUGAGAAAGUGCCAAUACAAAUUUGAUUGUUUAGUGUUUGAAAUGCUUUACAUCAAGAAAUUCAAACCUAAUUUUAACGUCCAAACGGACUCCAUACGUGCGAAAGCUUUUUGUUUAACUUGUAAUUUUUGUAAUUAUUUUCAUCACUUAUUGUUCGUCUUAGUAUUUCUGGAACCUAGUUUUUAUACAUUUUUGACUUAAUAAUGACGUCACGGUAACGUCGAAACGUCGUCAAUUUUUAAUUCAGCUUUAAUGCUUUUAAGAAAUGUUCUGUCGCAAUUUGUCAUUAUUCUUAUUAUUAUCUGCUAUGAGAUCCCAGAAAAAUUCAGUUCUAGCACUCGAUCAAGCUCGAUCCCAGGAUCUCUCUCCUUUGCCUCUCUUAAACGACGAGAAAUUAAAAAAGACAGGGGAGGGGUAUGAAGGGUCGUCAAUAAUGAUUUGUCUUGCACAUUUUCAAGCUUCUCCCGAGUCAACUGAAGGCCUUAGCUGGAACAGGAUAGAAAAGUCACACAUGCAUGAGAUAGACAAAGAACGGAAGUUUUUUUUUCUUUUUCAGCUCUACAACAGAACACGCUACCCACAGACUUUGAACUUCCUUAAUCAAUAUCAAUUUAUUAACGAAUUCGACCCGCGGUUAAAACUGUUUAAUUAUGUCAAUGAACUUAAGAGAAAGUAAACUAAAAAGAGUGGGGGUAAAUGCUAAAAACGUGAUGAAUAUUCCAUUAAGAACAACUGAAAAGUGAAUAUUUGAACAAAUCGUUAUUAUUUUCUUUCUUGUAGUGGUCGUGCUAUCAGUGUCAAAGUUUGACCAGUGCAGGCCCGCGAUUUUGACAGCUUAUCUAACUUGGUUUUACGAAAAUUUGUCCUGAAUAGGAUGUUAAGUUCCUUUUACCGGAGUUACGAGUUGCGCAAUAAUAAAUUCAUUCGUUCCCAUCGCGGAGUCAUAUCCUGAGGAAUAACCGAAAAUUCAAUGAGCCUGUCAGGUAACGAAAUUAUCAGUGAAAGAGAAAACAUUUAUCAAGGAUGUUUCUCUCAUAAUGUUAAGAGGGCUCAACACCAGAGAUAGCAAGUUUGCUCAAGGGUUAGCCAUCGAUCUUGUUGAGCUGGAGUCAUAAGUGCCAAUGUCAAAGAAGCGUUCUUACGGGUUAGCCAUCGAAGUCAUAACCGCCAAUGUAAAAGACUGAGGCCUUCUAACGGAACCUGACAUCCUACUAGACGUUGGUUCCAAGUAAAGAUGUACAUGAGUGAUUAUACCACGGAGUAUAAAUUUGCACUACCGCAAACAACAUAGCCUGAUGUGUUAUUAAUAUUUCAGGUGCCUUUAUUCUUGUCCUUUGAAUAACGUACUGGAGAUGUUACCGUAUUUGGAAUUCAUCUUACUCUUCGUAAGCCUUUUUCCUAAGAACACUGCUGGCUCCAACAGUUGCCGCACCAGUUUUUCAGAUACAGAUCAUGUCCUGACUGGUCACGUGAUGCAGACUCUCAAUCACAAGUCUUUUGAGAGCUGCACAUUUUCCUGUGAACUGGAGCCGCAAUGCUUCAGUGUCAACUACAUUUCAUUGCACAAAACGUGCCAACUGAACGACGCAACCAAGGAAUACUUUCCUGGUGACUUGGUGAAACAGAAGGGAUCAUUUUACAUGGGUAUGGUGAUUCGCAGUUAUAACCCUUGUGCGAGCAUGCGCUGUGAGAACGGAGGAACUUGUGUUAGCAGACCUUCUCUGAAGUGCAAGUGUCUGAAAGGAUUCAGUGGACCUCGUUGCGAAACUCUUCAAGCACUAGGGAUGGAAAGUGGUACAAUUCCUGAUGGUAAUAUAAAAGCUUCGUCUGAAAAGACUGGUUAUGAUGCGUGGAAAGGGCGACUGAAUGGUCAAUCCUGUUGGAUGCCAGAAAACGAUAAAACCACUGAAUACAUCGUGGUGACGUUUGCAACAGUGGUAAGGAUUGUUGCCAUAGCUACCCAAGGUGCCCCAAAGGAUGGUUGUUGGGUUAAGAGUUUCUCUAUUCGAUAUGGUGCUGCGAGCGCUGUGGUAGUUGACCCUGAGGUAAAGAAUUCAUUGUAUCCCUAACCGCUCAUUUGUUUCAUAAUCGGGUUUUCGUCAAUGAAGCCGAGUUGUAGACUGUUGAGAGUAAUAACAUUUUAAUCCUGGCUUUGAAUUCAGGCAUUUUGUAUUUAACCAUUAUCUCACGAGAGCACAUUAGAUAUGAGACACAGUUAUGACCCGGGGGCGGGGGCGGGGGGGCUCCCAUAUAAAAUGGACGGGGGUGGUUGUCGCAAAGUUUGUAAAGAACCCCUGAGAGAUACCAAUUCCCUGUUUUGUGGGCGUAACCUUAAAUUUAUUUCAUCCUUAAGAGGUAUCAACUCUAAAACAACACAUUAACUGACACUUUUAAAUAACGAUAAAAACGAUUUCUUCAAAUACUUUCUACUCGUAAAGUUGAUUAUCACAUAUCUCCUGUCGUACG